UGUCGGGCAGCUAUCGGGGUCUUGUCAUUCCGACAUCGUGUCGUGACGUCAUCGGCGGGCGUCGGUCUUGGCGCAGACACGUGUGCUGUGUUCAUGUGGUGCUCAGCAGAAGUUAUUGAUCUAAUUGAAUAGUUUAUCGCCGAUUCUCCAACACAUCAUGGAGUACAUGCAAGCCCCGCCCUCGAGCAGCCAAGGCAAUAUCCUGUGCUGUAUGUGUGGCAUUGCCAUUCCUCCAAACCCGGCCAACAUGUGCGUCUCCUGCUUGAGGAAUAAAGUGGACAUCUCGGAAGGAAUUCCCAAGCAAGUCACCGUCCAUUUCUGCAGGCAGUGUGAACGGUACCUGCAGCCUCCGGGGACGUGGCUCCAGUGCGCUCUGGAGUCCCGCGAGCUUCUGGCUCUGUGCCUUAAGAAACUCAAGGCUUCCAUGUCAAAGGUGAGACUUAUCGAUGCGGGCUUCUUAUGGACGGAGCCGCACUCUAAAAGAAUCAAGAUGAAGCUGACCAUCCAGAAAGAGGUCAUGAGUGGAGCCAUUCUGCAGCAGGUGUUCGUGGUGGAGUUCGUCGUUCAGCCUCAGAUGUGUGAGGAUUGCCAUCGGGUGGAGGCCAAAGACUUCUGGAAAGCAGUCGUGCAAGUCAGACAGAAGGUACACGCAGGAGACACGUGCCUAGAGCAGAUUGCUGAGGUGGAUGGGAACACAUUCUGGCGUCACCCGUUCAGCAGUCUGUGUAGCCCGCGGCAGCUGGAGGAGUUCAUGGUCAUGGACAUCGACGUUAUCAGAGAUCAGAAGUUAGGAGCCGGCGCCGGUCUCACGUCCAAUAAGGUGCUGAUAAAGAAGAGUUAUGACCGCAUGAAGCGGGUGAAGAACCGAGUGUGGAAGCUGAGGGAGCUGGACCGAGAGAGAGACGCUACAGACACCGAUGAUGAGAGACAUGCUGCUGGUGUUCAGGUGCUGAUAAAGAAGAGUUAUGACCGCAUGAAGCGGGUGAAGAACCGAGUGUGGAAGCUGAGGGAGCUGGACCGAGAGAGAGACGCUGCAGACACCGAUGAUGAGAGACAAUACACUGAAUUCCUGGAGGACCUGGAGGAAGAUGAGAUGCUGAGGAAGAACGUCAACAUCUUCAGAGAUGCUUCAAAGAUCCCUGUGGAAAGUGAGACGGAUGACGACGGCGCUCCCAGGAUCUCUCUGGCGGAGAUGAUGGAGGAUCUGAGCCUGAGCGACUCCACCGGUGGAGCAGGAGCCGAUAUGAUGACUGAUUAAUGAACAACACCACAGAUCAGAGCAGGUGUCAGACGUGUGUGAAGGAUUAAACUAGCCAGACAGCCACGGUUAAUUCUCAUGUUCAUUGCUCAUUUGCUAAUGUGCUGGUGCAGUGAUGCAGUACUAUAAUUAAUAAAAUCAGUGUUUGAAAAAUAAGAGUGAUGGUUGACCCAAAAAUGAAAAUGUAAUUUACUCAUCCUCAUUUGU